AUGGCGGAACAGCUAACUGACGAACAGAUCUCUGAGUUUAAGGAAGCGUUUAGCCUCUUCGACAAGGAUGGAGAUGGUUGCAUCACCACAAAGGAGCUGGGAACAGUGAUGAGGUCUCUAGGACAGAACCCAACAGAAGCUGAGCUCCAAGACAUGAUCAACGAGGUGGACGCGGAUGGUAACGGAACCAUUGACUUCCCUGAGUUCCUAAACCUAAUGGCUAAAAAGAUGAAGGAUACAGACUCAGAGGAAGAGCUCAAAGAAGCCUUCAGGGUGUUUGACAAAGAUCAGAACGGAUUCAUAUCUGCUGCAGAGCUGCGUCAUGUCAUGACGAAUCUUGGGGAGAAACUGACCGAUGAAGAGGUUGAGGAGAUGAUCCGUGAAGCUGAUGUUGAUGGUGAUGGUCAGAUAAACUACGAGGAGUUUGUUAAGAUUAUGAUGGCUAAGUGA